UGGUUUUGAGCUCGUCGCCAUGCCUGCCGACUACAAUGGGACGUGGGAAAUGGAAAGCAAUGAAAACUUUGAAGGCUACAUGGUUGCAUUAGGUAUUGAUUUUGCAACUCGCAAGAUUGCAAAACAUUUGAAACAGACAAAAGAGAUUGUUCAAAACGGAGAUAGUUUUAAAACAAAAACACUCAGCACUUUCAGAAACUAUGAUCUGGAUUACACUGUGGGAGUGGAGUUUGAAGAACACACCAAAGGACUGGACAACAGAGUGGUAAAGACACUAGUGACCUGGGAUGGUGACAAACUGGUGUGUGUUCAGAAAGGUGAAAAGAACAACAGGGGCUGGAAGCACUGGAUUGAAGGAGAUGUCCUGCACCUGGAACUGACAUGUGAAGACCAGGUGUGCCAUCAGACAUUUAAGAGGAAGAAGUAAAAUUGAGCAGAAAGCCAC